CGCUGCGCGCGCUUUUCAUCAUUGUAUAAUGUUUCAAUGUAACUUGCAUUGAAAUUCAUUGAAUUAAAUAUUCGUAAAUUCGACAGAAAAUAAAAUUAUUGUCUUAUUAAAAUCUUUAUAAAUUAGAAAAAGUGUCAUAUAUAUUGAGAUAUUAAAAAUGCACGACUUCGCUUAUGAUUUUGAUACUGUAACUCCCGAAGUGUGGAGAGCAAACGAAGAAAAUUGGAAGAAAAAACUAUUAAAUUUGCCAAAUUGGUACAAGAUACCUCUCAUUAAUUGUAAUGCUUCUCACAAUCUUUCCGAUGGAAGCCUAGCUCGCUUUCGAGGAAUGGUUCAGGAUAUGCACAACCCAGAGUUCUAUUUUGAAGAGUUUGAGGUAUUCAACACAGUUACAAACGAAAUUAAAACAAAGUCCGGGAAAUACAAAGACACGGCGUCGAUUCUGGAAAACGAAAAAAUCAACUACACAGAAAACCUAAAGAGCGCACAGAGACAGACUAUGGUUGCUGUAACAUUGCCUGGAUUAAAUGACUGGGCUCAAAACAUAGAGAAUGAUAAAAAUCACUUGAAACACCUUGAAGACCAGCCAAAUACCUCUAAGAGGUUGAACAUAACUAAGUUAAAACGCAGCUAUGACGAAUGUGAUGAUGAAGAUGCUAUGGAAGUUGAAGGUAGCGAGGGGAAGAAGGAGCCAAGAGUCACGGAAACGGUGGCAGAACCUUCUAAUGUUGUGUCUAGAGAGCAUUUAUUGAAUUUCCCCUUGCCUGAUGUUGCUAGCAAGUCAUGUAUUAUUAAGAUAUAUGACGACAGUGAAAACCUCAAACUAAAUGACAUGAUAGAAGUGGUAGGUUUCCUAUCAGUGGAUCCAGCACUUUCCGGAGAGUUCCAACCAGAUAAGAAUUCCCUUAUCGAACCAACUACGGAAACAGAAGCAGAGACGAUCACACAUAACCCUCCUCCGAGCCUUGUGCCGAGAUUGCAUGCUGUGUAUGUCAAGAAGUUGGAUCAUUGCAAUCCAUUGGUUCUGGAUGGUGUUGAUAAAGAAAAUGUUUUAAAAGAAGCAAACUCAGCCAGGGAGCAUUUAUUGAAAGCAUUAACAGAACUACUAUUGGGAGAUCAGUUAGCGGCAGAGUACUUAAUAUGUCACCUUAUUGCAUGUGUAUACCUCCGUCAAGACACCCUAUCUCUUGGUCAAUUCUGCCUCAACAUGUCCAAUCUGCCGACAAAGAAAUAUCCCAACUAUGCCAAACAGUUGUAUGAUAUAAUCAAACAAUUUGUUACAAAAAGCUACUAUCUACCGUUGACUGUGGAUAAUAUGAACACUAUGGCCUUACUACCCAAAAAAGAUUACGACUGCAACAGACUAACAAGCGGAGUCCUCCAGUUAAGCAAACACACACACUUAGUCCUUGAUGAGACACAAAUGCAGCAAGGACAAUUGGAUUCCACAGGAGUUCAUAAUAUUUCGGCUUUGGGAAAUCUUAUAAAGUUGCAGAAAGUUGAAUAUGAUUUCAAAUAUUACAAAAUGGAGUUCGAUUCAGAUAUAUCUGUGCUUGUUCUGUCGGAAGGGAAGAGUUUGUUGCCUAGCGAUUACCACGUGUCCCUACGGCCAGAAGCUUCGUCGUUGGAAAUAUUCGACGCCAUAGUAGAAGCAGCUACUUAUUACCUUAAAGAGGAGAUCAUGAACACCAUUAGAAUGUAUCUUACCAAUUUGAAACUCAUAAAAUAUUCCAUUACAGAGGAUUUGCAGUUUGUCGAAGAAGAUUUCAUAGAAAUGCGCAGUAAUUCGGACUCAGAUAAUCCCGUAACUGCAGACGAUCUACACAGGCUUCUAGUUCUAGCUCGACUCGUUAGUUUGUCCCGCGGCUUUGAUACACUCAACAAGGAAUGCUGGGAUAUCACCAAGAAAAUGGAGGAAGAAAGAAUAAAAAGAUUGAAGAAUAGAGUUCCGCCUUUGUCAUAAUUAUGUGUAGCGCUUUUUUAAUAAAUGUUUUUGUGUUUAUUUUUAAA